AUGGGUGAGAAUAUACCAUUAACGAGUACGACUUCGGAGACUGAAGGCUCGUACUCCUCUCCCCCUCUCUUCGAACACACGCAGCCCGCGGAACGCGCGGAAAAACACCAGCACGCGGAGCAAUGGGCGCAAGACGGCGACGCGAAAGUCACAGUAUCCGAGCGCCUCGUGUCGCACGCCGUCGAUUCCCCUUCAUUGAAGGCCGAGCCGCAGGAAGAGCAGGCUGAAGCUCGCAAAGCCGCGGGGAAAACUCCUCAUCAGAGCUUCGACGAUCUGACGGCUGGCGGCUGGAACGAUUUCGACAAAUCGUCCGCCAUUUUUAAUUUCAACGAGCGCCCCGUGCGCGACGCGGGAUGGCGGUUCGUCUUCGCCGUGCCGCUCGUCGUCCUUCUCGUUGCGGUCAUCCACGUGUUCUAUGCGCUUUCCGACACCUCGACCCUACUAGGAUUUUCUCCCUUCCUCUAUCCGGUUGCGUUGAUUCUCUGCUUUGCCGUCAGCCUUCCCCUCCCCGUGUUGAUCGUCUCUUCUCUCCGCAAAAUCCCCGCUCGCGUCUUGAACGCGCUAUUAAUCCUCACCGCCGUGGUUUGCGCUCUGCAAAGCGCUACCUCCGCCGUGCACUACUUCGCGCUCGUGCCGUCAGAUGGGGAGAGUGGGGAGACGAACGAAGGCAGUGGCGGGAUGAUGGCGGGAGGAAUGGGAGAGGAAGAAGAAUCGGCCAUGAUGGAUUCCAUCAUGGCGGACGAGGCGAUGAAAGGCACAGAAGGGGGCAUGGUAGGGGGUAUGGAAGGGGGAACGGAGGGCGCCAUGGGGGACAACAUGGAGGGGCAGGAAGACCCAUCUGAAGCGGCGGGGAGCAGCGCUGCUGACGCGGCAGCGGAGGCUGAGAGCACCGACAGCGCACCUACCAGCGGCAGCAGCAGCGCUGCGGCCACGAGCGACCUCGGCAGGGGCCUCCUCGAGCUCGCACUGCCCGCCGUUGCACACCCCGUGGUGACCGUUUCCGCGCAGCACGCCGCCUACUGGGUGCGCGCCGUUCACUCCACCGUCCGCCGUCAUCUCCAAAGCCACGCGUCAGACGCGGAAAAAAGAGCGCGUGGGCGGUCCUUGCAAGGCGAUUGGCUGUUUUCUGAAGCCCUCAUCCUCUGUGCUAUCUUUUUCAUCGCAUUCGUCGUCUUGGGGCUUCUCAGCGUCGUCGCCCUGCUCCUCGUGCUGCGCUGCAACCACCACCUGCCACUUGCAGCCUCUGCUGUUGCGCACGCCGCUCAAACGACCGUCUCCCAGACCCCUGUCAUCUUCCUUAUGCCGCUUCCCGUUAUCCUUGCAGCUUCGUUCCUGGGCCUCCCUUUGAUGUACAGCAGUAUUGACGGCGGUGCUAACAUCAUCCUCUUCGUCCUCCUACUACCCACCUCUCUCUUCGUAGCUCGAGUGCUAUCAGCCCUCCUCACCUACUCCACAGCAGCUGUUUAUGCCCGGCUGUACGUCACAACCAGCGGCAGCAGCAGCAGGAGUAGCAGCGAGGACGGGAAGGCGGGUGAAAAGGAAGAGGGCGUGACACUGAGAGGCCAGCUAGAUCUCUUCUCCUCAGCCCUCACUCUGGCUUGCACCUCAUCCCUGGGCACCUGCUGUGCCGUUGCCUUCACCGCCUGCACCGCCACCAUUGCCCAACUCCUCCUCUCCGCCCUCUCUCUCGCUCUCUUUGGCCAAGGCGUCCUUGGCUGCUUGCUUGUGGCGCUGCUUCACUGCACGCAGAUUGUCAUCCAGUUCUUCCUCAGCUACCUCGUCCUCCCCACCAGUGCUAUGAGCGGCCAUGGCUUCGCUCGCUCUCUGCGCCUCUGUCUCGAUAUCCUGCAGCGCUUCCUGGCGCCCAUUUUCACGGCCAAUGCUGCUGGACUGGCCCUGCUUGCCAUGCUGACAGUUCCCAUUGGCAUCAUUUACGACAUUAUCGGCAUAAUUGGGGUCUUUGCUUAUCAGGCGUUGUUUCCACCGGAUCUAGCUCUCUUCUUGGAAGCAUUUUUUACUGUCUAUGUGGUUUCUCUUCUAUCCGUUGUAGCACUCUCCUCUGUCCUCACCACAGGGGUCGCUACCACAGUGCUGUGUUUCGCAUGGGACAAGAAGCUUGAGCCAGAGGAGGGCUCCGAUGCUGCUGGCCUGGUUGGUGGUGGUCACAUGUCCUCUGCUGAUGUCAAGGAUACCAGUGCGGUGUAA